UUAAAUGCUGGUUCCCCAGGAAAACGGAUGUGAAAAAAAGAGGUGCCAUUUUAGGGGGUAAAGGUCACAGCUCCUGACUUGAGUGUUUACACACGUGUGUGUUAGGACACGUGUUGGGCGAAUGUGUUCAACACUCGCCUUUUUUCUGAAGAUGUGGCAGUCGCUUUACUUUCUGGCGCUGCCAGUGAUGUCGCUACUGCUGAUCUUCUCUCCUGCCGGGCGGAGCAGCGAGGACCUCACGCUCACCCCGGGGUGUCACCUCUAUCCCUUCAACGUGACCAUCCGCAGUGACCGUCGAGGAACAUGCAGAGGAACCCACCUGGUUCACGCCUGCGUCGGUUACUGCGAGUCCAGCGCCUUCCCGUCCAGGUACUCGGUGCUGGUGGCCUCCAACUUCACCCACAACGUCACGUCCACGUCACAGUGCUGCACCAUCAGCAGGGAGGCCAAGGUCAAAGUUCGCUUGGAGUGCCCGGGAGGACGUCACCACGAUGAGCUGGAGAUCCUGACAGCUAAGGCGUGUCGCUGCGACAUGUGCCGCAGCUCACGACACUGAGGCACAUCAACUGGGACCAGGACCGGGACCAGGGCCAGGAGAGAACUCACAACAGAGUUUAGUCUUUUUACUUACCAAGAAGACAUGUUCUCAUGUGGAAGAUGAAAAACAAACACUGUGGAGUUCUCAUUGACUUUUAGGAACCAAAUAAAAUUUUGCAUAAACGUAUUUAAUCAAAAAAAUGAUUCAGCAGUGAUACAAUGAAAAAUGAACAAUGAGCACUAAUCACCA